AGCAUAACAAAAUACAAAACAAAGCAGACAGCUGAUAGGAUCAUGAACUAAUUUUAGCACAUCCAGCUUGCGUUUUGACCGACUUACCGUAAUCUGGAUCAGUAGUUUGUUUUGAAGAAGAAUAAAGCUGCCAACAAAUGUUUUUACCCAGCAUCUUGGAAGAAAACCUGAGAUUUCAUUAACGAAGCUGUGUAUGAAAACCGAUGUGGCGUAGACUGAUGUCGGGAUGCAGGGUUUGCCUGGCCCACAGUUAGGCGAUGGGCGACUCCCGAUAUUCGUGUUCCCGAGUGCUCUGACUUUCUACUCCGAUGACCAGUCAUCACACAAGCAAGUGCUAACGCUGUACAACCCAUAUGACUAUGCACUCAAGUUCAAAGUGUUGAGUACGACUCCCAAGAAGUAUACUGUUGUCGACUCUGAGGGCACCAUCCGUCCACAGUGCUGUGUUGACAUAGUAAUACGAUAUUUGGACAUCAGGAUAAAUAAUGAAGGAGUCAAAGACAAGUUCCGUAUUCAGAUGUCUGAACAUGGUAAAAAGAAAAUUCUUGGAAGCAAAGAUAUUACAUCUGUCCUCCUCCCACACAGAGAGGCUGUUUCGCAGUGUGAUGACGACUUUAAAAGUCUACCGAAACAAAUGUCUUUGCCAGCAGAGGGCCAGUCAGUGGCUGCAAAACAUGGACAGGUGCACACCUCUGCAUCUGGUCCUGGUUUUCUUGUGAUCUUCACUGCUGUUGCGUGCAUCAUUGCACUGAUGUUGCCCACUCAUGGGGAACUGGAGUCCAAGCUGCCAGACUAUUUUCACCUGUCCUUACAGCAAAAGCUUAUUGCUGCGUACAUCUUAGGACUGGUGACCAUGGUGAUAUUAAAAGUUUGACGACAACAGCUUCUAGGAUUUAAUUUAUUCCUGCGAACUACAGCGUAGCUUCUCAUGAGCCUUGGUUUCAUCUCCACUAUCACGUGACUAAUGUCUUUCAGUGCUGUAGAUAGAGUCGGAGGAGUUUACCAUUUUGUAUAUUCUCAGAUUUUGUUCACAUAAAAUGAUUUUUGUAAGUUAUGCUAUAAUCUGUGUGCAAUAAAAGUCAUGUUUUGAACUAC